GUUGUGGCCGAGCCGAGGGGACGUCGAGAUCUGAAUUGCGUUGCCGCCUCUCGAUUCGCCCCGACCUCAAUCGACAAGGCCGGAAUCCCCGUCAGAAACCUCUCCACUCUGCACCAGCCUUGGGAGGUCCCUGGAGAACCUUCCAAGCUGUUUGUGUCCUUUCUUCUUAUUUUCCCCAAAUCACAAUGGCGUCCGCAUUGAGGACGACGGGCUCGCUGGGCCUCAGGUUAAAACCGACCGCGGCCCUCAUCCCCUACCGCAGUGUGGCUGCCCUGUCGAGCUCGUCGAGGACACCGGCCGCCGCCACUUCGCACGGUCUCAUCAAGCGCGAGAGGAAGGAGGUGCUCCUGCCGAGCCAGGAGCCCACCAAGGGCGUGGUUCAAUAUGCGCUCACCACCCUCGAUAUCAUGGCCAACUGGGCGCGCCAGGGCUCGCUCUGGCCCAUGACGUUCGGCCUAGCCUGCUGCGCCAUCGAGAUGAUGCACCUCUCGACCCCGCGGUACGACCAGGACCGCCUGGGUAUCAUCUUCCGCGCCUCGCCGCGCCAGUCGGACGUCAUGAUUGUGGCCGGCACCCUGACCAACAAAAUGGCGCCAGCCCUGCGCCAGGUCUACGACCAGAUGCCCGAGCCGCGCUGGGUCAUCAGCAUGGGCAGCUGCGCCAACGGCGGCGGCUACUACCACUACAGCUACAGCGUCGUCAGGGGCUGCGACCGCAUCGUGCCCGUCGACGUCUACGUGCCCGGCUGCCCGCCAACGUCCGAGGCGCUCAUGUACGGCAUCUUCCAGCUGCAGCGCAAGAUGCGCAACACCAAGAUCACGAGGAUGUGGUACAGGAAGUAAAGUGCUGGCGUGGCUGAGGGCUGAGGCAAAACGCGGGAUCCGGCGUGGUUGGUCGGAUGUCAUGGGCGAGUCGCACAAGGGGAGCUCGAGGGGUUCGAGCGACGGGCUGGGCAUGUACACAUUUAGGCCGGCAAGGGUGGUUGAAGUGUGGCGAGUAUAAGGGCCGGUAAAGAAUUAACUGAAACAUUGCAUAUUUCGGUGCUUAACUGCCCCAGGGGCCGACGGGGAGCUGGGCGGAAAGGAUCCGUAUUUGGCGGGCAGGCCGUCUUCAUCGCGGAGAGCGGCCGCGUGAGGGCUAGGUCGAUACAGCGCCAGGCCUGUGCAACGAGGCGCGGCUCGCUAGUGGGUCCGCGCUCCCGCCACUCUUGGUGCGGCAGGGGGAGGUCCCCGGACCGGAGGGAAGCCUGCCGUCAGGGCCGAGUGCCGCGUGGACUUUACGGUUGUAACCGACGUGGCCGUGUACAGCACCAUAAAGGGCAAAACAUCGGGGAAGAUUGCGCAAGAGACAGCCAAGAUGCAUUGAUACAAGAGAGCCCUGACCUCCAAAGACCCUUUGCUAAAUGCCACCCGGCGACCUAUAUGUUCCUGCCAACACCACCAUCAAGC